CCAAAAGUCUUCGCGAGCUGAGGAUUGAGUUUGCAAGGAGCCAUGGGAUGUUACGAGCCCAGGCAAAUGAAGCGCGGUUCGGUUUGAUUCUACGAAGAAAUUGUUUUCAUUGUUAUUGUUAUGUUCGUGAACGUAGAAUGGAUUUCAGUCCGGAAGAAUUUGAUGUUAGCCCUCCUUGCUUUUUGGUUGAGAAUUCCCAGGCCGAUGAAUCGCAGCAACUGGGCCGAUCUGACAGCGAUCAGCAUUUAUCGAUCAUAAAGCGGCUGCCGAUCUUUCGAUUGUCGAACAGAACUGACUCUUCAGCUUGUAAUUCGAGGAAUGAUUCGUCUGUUCCUCGACAUCCUGUUGCUCUAAGUUGUCCUACGGCUGGCGGAGAGGGUUAUGGAAAGGAAGAAGGGGAUCCAAGUCGGGAACAGGGGGAUGGGGACCAGCCGGGGGAGGGAGGUCAUGGUAGUGGCGGUGAUGACGACAGAGGUGGUGGUGGUGGNGGUGGGGGUGGUGGUGGAGGUGAUGGGGGUGGUGGUGAUGAUGAAGAUGAUAAUGAGAACAAUGGCCAGGAUCCCAGUACAAAUGAAGAAGAAUCGCCUCAUUCAGAGGAACCAUCUUCAUCAUCAUCAAGUGAUACUAUUCCAAGGUUGAUUCGCCCCGAAGCUGUUGUCACUAAUAAUGACCAGUGGAAAGGACAGAAGUUUGUGGUGCAGGUUGUGCAAGAUGCACCACUGUCGGGUGCAGACACCAGUCAUGGCAGUGGAGGUAGCAUGCAUGAAUCUAGUGAUAACUAUAGCCAAGCAUCAACUGGUAUUGUGGGGGAAGGGAGAGAUGUUGGUGCUGAUGUAAGUGAAGCAUCCACAGCCCCGAUGGAAGAAGAGAGAAAGUCAACAAGCUCUUCUAGUAUAGGACAUAAAUCUGAACAAGGAUCAACUAUCAGCAGUAGUAGUUACCAUGGAGAUCUAUCAAGUCUAUCAAGUGGAAGCAGCUUCCCUGUAUCCCCAGAAGUACGUAAACACCUUCCACUUCAUCCAAUGCUUCGGACGCAGUCAACAAGCGAUAGCAGCAGCACCAGUGCUGGCAGUAAAGAUCAGGAGAAAAUACACAGCAAAGUCACUGGCUACAAGUUGGUUAGUGUGCAGGAGGAACAAAGUGAUAAGGAAGAAUCUGAAGUAUGUUCUUCACAAGAAGACUUGUUCGCUUCUUCUCAAGGCCACCAGGAAAGAGGCAAGACAUCAGAUUUAUCUCACUUGAACUUUUCUCCACAACUCCGAUCGACUCCAGUGGAUGGACAAAGCAGAUCUCAGGAAAAUCCCCAUGAGAAAUCACUCUACAAGAAAGUCCUUACCACUAAGCAGCGGACGUCAACACCCGUGGAAGGUGGUCACUUUCUUUAUACCCCUCCCUCCCAGGGGACACCAAUUGACAAUAUUGCAUUUAAGAGCUUGCAGUUCUCUGGAGAGCCAAGUGUCAGAGAGACAUCAUCCUCAUCAUCUGAUAAGGUGUCACCUUCACCAGAAGUGUACAACUCAAUUCCAGCUUUGGAUCCAUCUUCUCCCACUGCUAGUGAGGAGGAGCAAGCAGAAGAGAAAACCAGCAGUUCCUGUGGGAAAGAGAACAACACUGAGAAGGGUUCUUCUCAAAGGCAGACUGAAGAGGGUCAUGAGGUAGCUCAAUCAGGGGGUAACAGACUGAGUGCUGAUCGGGAACCAUCAGAGAUAUCAAGAGCCGCAGCAGAAUUAGUACAGUCAUUUGAUUUGUCAGAGAACCAAGAGAAACAUUUUGAGAGGCCUGCACCCCUCAAAUUCAAGGAGACAUCAGAUGAUGAGGUAGUGGUGUUACCUCAAUGGCAACAAAAACAACAGCAAGAGGUUCACCAGCAAGGCGGUGGUACCGACGAAAAGAAGUCAUCAUCGAGUACCAGUUCAUCACAAGGGUCAUCAGGGGAUGAUCAAUUUAGGGGUGAGCCACAACCUCAGGUGCAGCAGUGGCAGUCAGUUGUUAGUGCACUUGUUUCCAGCAGUUCAGGUUCCCAAGGCACAAAGGCAGAAGCUGUGAUGCAGGCAUCUAAUUGCAACAAACAACAAUCUGUACAAGUAGUGGAUGUGAGUUUUUUCGAGAAUAGUGAAGCUGUGCCUCUUAUCUCCAAGGCAGAAUGUCCCAAGGAAGCACCACAAGGGAACCAGUUGUCACUUUCUCCAUCAUCUCUUGCAAUAGAUCCCUUUAAACCAGAUGAUGGAAAUGGUAAAGGAACAGAGGAAAGUCCUGUGUUAAUCCCAGGUCCCACACAACCCGUGUUGAGUGAAGAUAUGUUCUGUCCAGUUGUUACACAAGAACAGCAGGAUAUUUCAGAUAAAUCAGCUGAUCAGCCAAUGGUAGAAGAAGAAAACAUGGCUGAAGAUUCUCAGGACAUAGUGGUGCCAUUCUCUCUACACCUGACCCAGUCACAAACAGACACGGACAACCAGGUACCAACUGCAAUGGAGGUGAUUGAUGAGGAAUUGCACCAGGAGGUGAUUGUUGUUGAGCCGGCAGAUGACGCCAGAGAGGACAAGCCUGCUGAACUAAUUCGAAAGGAAGAGGUGGCGUCACUGACGAAACAAGACUCAAGCAGUCAGUCGAUCUUGGCUCCGUUGGUGCAGCCACAGUCUAAAGUGUUUCAUGCUCCAGAGGAUGGAAAUAGAAAGCUAAAUCCAGAAAAGCAGAAUGUGGAGAUGUCUGGCGACUUACCUGAAAAUCUUGCAGACAGAGAUGGUAUGUCCUUCAACAAAGUUCCCAUAGGGGAAGAUUCCCACCCUUCCACUGAUCCUAUCGUAACAACUCCUGAAAAUCUCCUCUUGGCUGAAAAUUCUGGGGGAGGUGCUCCCAGCGAGGAAAGUGGGCGCGUCGAACUUGAAAAAGAACAGUUAAGUACACCUGAAAAAGACAUUCCCGCAAGGAGACCGACAAAACCGCGGCUUCCGGUGGCAAUAUUUUCCGAAACCUCAAGCGAAUCUGCCACUGGGUUUCAUUUUUCUUUACCAAAAGAGCCGCUGAAACCGUUAAUGUCUGCCACCCCACCCCCCAUAAGACCCGUUCGUUACGACACUCCGGACUCAGAGGAGAGGAGCAGUAGACGCAGUACUAUCCCGGAUGUAGUUCUGCCUGUGGUAACAGAGACGCCGGGCAUGUCCAGUCAAGCUCCAUCAGGUUCUUUGGAUCAGAUUAGGCCCCAGUCCCUCACAGUGUCUAUGCCGCGUCACGGUUCCCCAUUUAGUGACUCAGAAAGUUCAGAACCAGUCUUUCACUUCGAGCCUGCCCUUCCGAUUUCCACGACGCCGGGCAGAUCAGGCCUUCUCCAGCCCAGUGCCUCUGAGCCCUCGCGAUCAAUAUUCAGUCACGCUCGAGAGGCCAUCGCAAAAAGUAAGAAAAGAGAAGUACACGUGGAAAAAGACAACGAUCCGUUUGCGUUUACCGCCGAAGAUGAGGCGCCUGAACCAGUAAGAAAAAAGCCAAGAAGGGGAUCUCCUCGAGGGACGCGAGGAAAAGAGAUUAGGUCAAGAGAGGAGGACGAUAGCAAUACUAAAACUCGUGAUGCAUCAACUUACAGAAUUGUUGAGGGCCCAAGCUUGUCCAACGACCAAUCAGUUGAGGAUCGCAGAGAGGAAGAAGGAACAUCAAAACCUACUUCUUUGCAAGAAGGAGUUGGCGGCAAACGUGGGCGUCAAGAAAGCGGUGAAUCAUCUGAGAGCGACCUACCAGUAGAACGGUCAAAACGGGCGCGAAAGGAGGAGGAAGAACCGAAGCAAUACAAGCAAAUCACUCACAUGCGUACUAUUACCACAGUAACGACUCAAGUCCAACGAGUGGUUACAGUCAGCGUCGUCGGUAAGGAGUCCGGCGAAGUGGUCGAGGUCUUAACCUGGGAAGAAGACUUGGCACCACAAAUCGAAAACAAGGAGGAAGAGGAGGAACAGGUACAUGAUCUUGUCGAUGGCUCGCGUCUGACGCUGUCUUCAAAGUCACCAAAACAGCAAGAGCACCAACAGCAAAGCAGAAGCUCUCCUCGAAUUAAGAAUGGUAAAUCGCUAGUUACCACCAGGUCUGCGUCUAAAUCAGUUGGAAGGACAUCAACCAAGCAACUAGCCAUGACAACAUCUGAGAAGAGUGGUUCUGAUAGAGGCUCGGAUGAUUCAGGAAAUGGAAUAGGCGAAGACCAUCAGAGAAGGGAUGAGCCCACAGUUGAAGAAACCCCUGCGGUUACUAGACAGGCCACCAUGCCCGUUGUGGAAGAGGAAGCAGAUCUCAAACGCAGCUCAUCAAGUGAUUUAUCUCUGACACCUGGAACCCGCGUGUUGGCCAAGUGGCUGGACAGUUACUUCUAUCCAGGAGUAAUCACUACAAAGCAGUACAAGAACGGCCGGUACUUGGUCACAUUUGAUGACGGUGAUAAACGAAGGAUACCGAGGGAAAACCUCAUCAUCAAAGAUUUACUUCCUGCGGGGCAAAGUGUCAUGGCUCAAGGGAAUGAUGAGGAUGACUUUUACGAGGAAGGAGUCAUCGUCGGCCAUUAUCGAGAAGGAAAUUCACGCGGUUACGAGAUACAAACCCAGAGUGGCGCAAUUAGCCGGUAUCCUCGAAGUAGAGUUAUUUUAUCAGAACCGCAAGCUGCGGUCAUUCUGUCGAGCGAGAGUUCCGUUAAUGUUACGAGUGGCUCAAGCAUCAGUAUUGGUGCUCAUAGCUUGAGGAGGAAGGAGGGAAGCGCUGCAAGUAGUGGGGCAAGUAUGCACAACAUCACGAAGUCGGGAAGUACAAGCUCUAAAGACACAAGUGACACUUCAAGUGAGGAGAGGGCUCGGGGAAAGAAUGCCGCUCGUGCCUCAACGCACGAGAGUCCUAGACUAACAAAAGCUGCGACUGCGAGCACUGACAUAACGCCCAAGUCUACACACAAGUCAUCGCAUAAGGUCAAAGCACAAGCGAGACGAGCGGGACAUAGGAUUGCUGAAAGUGAAUCGAGUUCUGAUGAGCAACACGCUGCCGCUGCGAGCAAAAGACGACCAGUUAAAAGAGGGCUGUCGUCGUCGUACAGCGCAAAAUCACCUGCAAAGCCGACAGUCAAUGAACCGUUCGCCGCUCCGACGCGACGUUCGCCUCGUAAACAGAUGAGCGGAAAAGAAGACACCGUUGAAUCACCUUGUCUGCCUGGCAACAGAAACAUAUUUGCGGGGUUAGCUUUUCUAGUGACUGGUGUAGGUAGGGACAAAAACGAACCCGAGGAAUCGGAUAGCGAAUCAGAGAGAAUCGAGUUCAAUCGCGACCAUCUCAAACGCCAGAUCGAGGCCGGAGGCGGCGUCGUGCUGUCGUCAUUUUCUCAAUCCCAGAUCUCUAGCACGGAGUGCUUCCUCAUCUCGCACACACACCAGCGGACUCAAAAGUAUUUCCAGUCCCUGGCCUCUGGAAUUCCUUGUGUGUCGCACGUGUGGAUUAAUGACUCCUGCACGUGUGAUCGUCGUCUGGACUACAAGAGAUAUCUACUUCCUGCAGGGGAAAGCUUAGAGGAAGGCGGAAUAGUGGAGUGUCGGCCACGCAGAAACAUCUUACGCGAUAUGCGGGUUCAUCUUCACGGGAGUCAGCAGUUUAAAGACACUUGGUCCAGCGUUUUGCUUGCUGCGGGAUGUAAGAUGGUCACCAAAAUUCCAAGCCGCGUUGAUUAUCAUUGCGAUGUUGUUAUCUGCGAGGAUAACAAGCUUCCUGAAAGCGUCAAACACGCUGCGAGUCUGGGGAUUCCUAUCGUCUCACUGGAGUGGCUUUUACAGUCACUUAUUAACGGUCGCCAGGUUCCAUUCGAUGGCCAUGCAAAAUAUGAUUACCGUUACAAGAGUGCGUGACCAUGAAAAGAACUGGCAGUGCGUGACUGAGUCUUAGAAACUGGGAAAUGUUACAGCAUUUAAAAGAUAAAGCCAUGUCACCUGGGAAUGCGUGACAAUAUCCAAGAGACUACGCGGUCAUGUCGUAAGAACUCAGAAUGCGUGACCAUAUCGAAGAAUUAGGAAUGUGCGACAAGUAGCAGACCUGUCGUGUGAAAAAUCUUUAUUGAUAAUAGUUUUAAGUGAUCACAGAAACACAAAAUUAAAUCUUAAAUUUUAUCCAGUUUCUUUGACAGCAUUGUUUUAAUUUUAGAAAUACGCCGUGGUCAUGUCUUACAAAAGUUAAGUUCUCCAAAACUAGUUCACUGUAAUUUUACUUUUUUUGUCAACCCACGUGAUCAGAGAUGAAAUCACCAUGUAAGCGUCAAUCACAUGGCUGGAUUUGUAAUAAACUAUGACCAAAUUAUUUUUAAAAAUAUUGAUUAUGAUUUGAUAUGUAAUAAUUUUAGAAAUAGUGUAUAUUUAGUAGUUUUAAUUUGCCUGUUGUUUUAUUUAAACAAGUUACUAAUAGUUUUAUUGAAUUUUUAUCACAUUAUUUAUUCUGAUUAGCACAGAUUGGAAGUUUUUCAACACUGAAAUAUAUAUCGGGUACGUAUUGACUGAGAGGGAGGUCUUAACGGGAAUAUUUUUGGCGCGCAACCGUGUGAUGCAUGGACUGGAUACUGUUACAGCCAUGAGUCUUUAUAAUUUAGUCAUACUCUCCAUACUCAGUCAGUAAGUGCUUUAUCAUAUCGGCUGUUCUUGAUGUUUUUAUGGAAUUGUAAUGUAAUUUAAAGGACCUCACGGAUCGCGUGAUGAAACAAAAUAAGAUGUUGUAAAUACAUUAGAAGAAGAAAUCAGAGAAUAUAUUUUAAUUGAAUGCUCCA